GAGGUUGUGUGAGUGACUGUGUAAAGAGAGAGAGAGGGAGAUAGAGAGACGGAGAGCGCGCAGUCCAGAUUGGCGCAGCCGGCACCGGUCCCGGAGAACGGAGCGUUGUGCACGGCGGCAGCAUGGCUUCGUCUCACGGAAGAAGCGACCUGCGCUUCGCGGACUGGAUGGCAAGUUUACCGCAGAGCAUGCACGCCGUCCCGCUCGCCAACAUGGCAAUUCCCGGUUCUCAUGACUCCUUCAGUUUCUACAUUGAUGAGGCAUCUCCAGUGGGCCCAGAGCAGCCAGAGACGGUGCAGAACUUCGUGUCUGUUUUUGGUACGGUAGCCAAGAAGCUCAUGAGAAAGUGGUUGGCCACGCAGACUAUGAACUUCACUAGCCAGCUGGAGGCCGGGAUCCGUUUCUUUGACCUGCGCAUCUCCACCAAGCCCCGUGACCCUGACAACGAGCUGUACUUCGCCCACGGGCUCUUCAGUGCCACGGUCCGGGAGGGUUUAGAGCAGAUCAGCUGUUUCCUGUCAGCGCAUGCCAAAGAAGUCGUUUUCCUGGACUUCAACCACUUCUACGGCGUACAGAACCUGCACCAUGAAAAGCUGGUGGCCAUGCUGAAGGAAGUGUUUGGAGAGAAACUCUGCCCAGUGGUUUUUGCUCAAGAGGUGACUCUGAAGUAUCUUUGGGAGAAGGAGUACCAGGUGCUCGUCUUCUACCACCACCCUAUGGCCCUGGAGGUGCCUUUCCUCUGGCCUGGCCAGAUGAUGCCUGCUCCGUGGGCUAACACCACAGACCCGGAGAAGCUGGUCCAGUUUCUUCAGGCAUCUGUAACUGACCGCAGGAGGAAGGGUACAUUCUUCGUCUCCCAGGUGGUCCUUACACCAAAGGCGAGUACUGUGAUGAAGGGCGUGGCCAGCGGGCUGAGGGAGACAAUAACAGAAAGGGCGUUACCUGGCAUGAUGCAGUGGAUCAGAUCUCAGAGACCUGGGGAAAACGGCAUCAACAUUAUUACGGCUGAUUUCGUCGAGCUCGGAGAAUUCAUCAGUGCCGUCAUCAGCCUCAACUACCAUCACCUGAAUGACGAAGACGAUGAUGCAACCUGAGAGCACACGCUGGGGCAUCAGAGAGCAGGGUCACCACCACUGAAUUAGGGGUGGUCGAUCUGUGCUCUCGUCCUAUACUCUUUGGCAUUUAUUUCAGGAGGGAAGCGACGUCGCGGCUCCUUUCUCUUCAUUUAGGGCUAUGGUGGACUGAGAGAUCAGGGAGAAGAGACCAAGCUUAGGCUGGUAAAAAAAUAAAAUAAAUACAUACACAGAUGUUUGGUUGGAGAGCUAUGAGAACGAGGUUUAUUUGUUUCCUAUUUUUGGAACCAAGACCUUUUUGUUUUCCAGAUUUGGUGGUGAUUUUAUUUACUCCCUUUGCUGUAAAAGUAUCUGCUUUUUCCGCCAUUUUCAGGCUCACCACUCCAUCAAACACAGGUUCCUUAGGGCAUACUAACUCUCAACUAACUGUACUUUCACAUCAGUCUUGAUAGUCUAGUGAUAAUAACAGUUUUACCGGAGGGUGUUUUAAAUGAAUACAUGUAACUAAAAUCCUUGGCUCGUAAAUUGUAGGUAGCUCCUGUAUGUCCCGUUUGGAAGAUCAGUCCAAUUGCUGUCUCGCUCUCUCUCUCUUUCUUUUUUUAAACAAUAUGCAUCCCCUUUCAUAUCACUGCAAAAGAGGAGUUUUCAAAAACUCCGGCCAAAGUUUGAAUGCGGAGUGGGUUUAAAAUGUGCUUUAUUGUGUUUAUUUAUUACACUAACAAGAAACAAACUGUCUCCAUAUUUUUUUCCCAAGCUAUAAUCUUUCAUUGAGGUUUUCACUGAGUAAUGAUGUGCACUGAAGUUGGAAUUGCAGCCGAGACAUUUAUCAGGCAGUCCUGUAGGAAGCUGUGGAUUGAUCGACUGAUUAAAACCGUGGAUUUGCUCAUUUAUAACCACACAGGAAGAGAGAGCCGGAGUGCAGCUUUGCUAACUGGGGAAAGCACUAAUACCACUGGUGGUACAAACAUAUUUUCUCCUGAUGCAUUUGACAAUGAUCUCCCCAUUUCCACAGCACGCAUAUCAUAGCGCUGUUAGAAAUGCACAAGAUGCAUCCAUGUUGUCGUUUUUAAUGGUUAAGCAUCCAGCUGUUCUUUCUAGUACAUGGUAGAUUCUGAGUUGUGAUAGACAGGUGUUUAAAAAUACUUUAUAUGCGGUUACACAAGUUUACCCAUCGUCUGUCUCUUCUUUGCAACUAGCUUGCCCCUCUGUGCGUUUGUAUGCCCUUACUGCUAUCGUGCAGUAUGUAUGCGUCACCAUGAGAUGUUGCAUCUUUCACAAGAUGCAACAUCUGAUAAAAUUUCUUAGCAUCUUAAAAAAACAACAACAUUUUAAGCAGCUCAUAGUGCUUUACAAUAAAUUUGAUCUAGAUGCAGCCCUUUAGUGAAUUUCGAAUUAAGUUUGAUAUUAAAUCAAACUUAAUGAAAACAAGUACAUGGUAGUAGCUAUGAAGUUCAAUAGCGUCGAGCACUACACCUCAUCAGGAUUACACACACGCACUAAUAACAUGUCAGAUGCUGCAGUAUCUAUUUCUCUUGACAGUGACUAAUGUUUCAUUCCAGCUGGAGCCUCAGCUGGUCAGUCGUGGUUCUCCGUCAAUUAUUAACGCUGUUAAAAGGAUAGUACAUCAUUUUUAAAGUUAGGUCCUGUAAAGUUAUUGUCAGUAACAAUACACUUACCUGCAGUAGGCAGAUAUAUUGCAGUGAGUUUGUAAAAAAGCAAUGAAAUCCUCAGAUAGGUGGAAAGGUAACAUCAGACCAGAUGUUUGUUGUUUUUGCAGUCUAAAACAACUCCAACUAAAACAGUGCACACCCGUAGGAUUCAAUUCUGUAUUAGUGUACAUUAGCAGUCUACACUUUUGUAAGAUACAAUUGAGUUUGUUGCGGUUUUCCCAGCUUAAAAAACCCGCAACAAACAACAUGGUUGGGGCUGUGUGGAAAUCAUCACGGCCACCUCAGGAUCAGCUGGUCAGUAACAGGGAAAAUACUGCAGUGAGAAACAGUUUUAAUGAAAAGCUAAUAAACAUGAAAAGAUUGAGUCAUUUUAGAUGGCUAAAAUCAGCCUAACCUUUGGCCAGUCCAACUAGCUGUAAGCCUUUUUAAGGAUUUCUUUUUCUGCAAACUUGCUGCAGAGUAACAACUACCCACUACAGUUAAGGAAACCAUUAUAACAACAUUAUAGAACCUCACUUCGAAAAUCUAAACCAUGCCUUAUAGAAGGCUACCAUGAAGUUCUGACAACACAUCGCCUAGAUCUCACGUCUCACUAACUCACUAAAUGUCACAUACAACUACAGCCUUUAAUAAACUGAUGUCUCGGUCCUGAUUCCAAGAUGAACAAUUUACGAAAAUGCUCAUGCAUGCUUAUGUUAGCAUGUUUUCUCUAUUUUGACAUAACUAUGUCAUGAUAAUUAGCUGAAUAACAUAUUUUAGUGGAUUUUCAAUUAACCUCAUGCAGAUAAAGCUUAUAGAAAACCGUUUUCUACUGCUUUUGGCUUGAACAUUGUAAAAUCUAACAACUACAGUUCCUCUACUUAGCUCUUAAUUGUCUAAACAGACAGAUGUUGGGGAAUGUUUGAGGAUGGUUAUAUAUCACAUAGUCCUCCCUUGAUAUGACUAAUUGGUCAUUUAAUUAUUCUGACAGAAAAAAGUUGUUUACCUGCCUUUAUCAUUUUUAAAUGACACCACGUAGAGCAGGUCAAAUGACACAGACCAAUAGCACACUGUCGCAAUCUCACUUUUACUAUGAUCGUCAGAGUUAAGAUAAGAAAAUACUUAGAUUUUUAGGGAGAACCCAGAUUAACCAGAUCAAGAAAUUAACAUGCAGAGCAUGUAAUGCAACAUUGCAAGCCUUUACUUGAAAAUAGACCAUAGUUGUUAAUGUUUUUUUUUUGUGCAAAGAUUAGUACAAUGACAGUUAUAAUUAUUCAUUUGGGACAUCUAUACAGCAUAAUAUCCAAGAUCUUACACAUUAUGCAGGAAAACUAUGAUGCAAACCUCAUGAUUAAUGUUGCAUUUUCUGAUGGGAAUGUAAAUUGUCAGGAUGUUCUGGUAAAGUUUUGUUUUGUUAAAAAAAAAAGGAUACUCAUCUCUCAGAAUCACUGAAUGUAUGUGUUUUGAGAGUAAAUGUGUAAUUUCUUAGAAAGUCUCAUCGGGCUGACUGAGUUUCAACCAGAACCCAUGUUUGUAUUGUCUGCUCCAAGGCUUUCCCCUCUGUGUGGUUUCAGGUCUUCUCGAACAUUUUAUAUUGUGGAACAUUUUUACAGUUUGUUGCUGCGGAAAAUUUGUAAAAUACUCAAACAUUCAACUAUAACUGGUAUCAUAACUGAGCUGCUCUUAAUUUUCAGAUCUAUUUGGUAUUUCACUUUGUGCAUGAAUGAAACGCCUCUAAAAUCCAUCUGGUUUCUGUACAUCUACUUUCAUUUUUGCUUUACUACCCUAAAGAGCAUGUGUGCAUUUUAACUGGAAAUGUUUCUAUGUAUUCUCUAAGGGAAAAAAAACAACCUGUUUAUUUUUCACUCAUUGCCACUACCCCACAAAUGAGAAGGUUGCAGAAAGUGUUUCGUAAGGACAUUUGUGUCUUCCCCUGGUCCAAACUGUUGGCAUUGCCCUUGUUUUUUGAUGUGAAGAGUCCUUUGCUGUUGUGAAACUCCAAACCAUGUUGCUCAAAUUAAAGUGACUGUUCUACGUGGAAAAUGGCCAAUCAAAUAAAGCUUCUAUGCCUUUGGG